AUGAGCACCGGGAAGCAGAAGCAUCUACCGCUCCUAUAUAAUCCCCUCCUCAAUGCCAUCUUCAACAAUCCACAUCACGCCAAAGCGGCCAUUCGCUCCACGAUAGCAGAGCUUAGCAACAACCACAACGACUACACUAUCCUAGUGCCUCCAGCACAACUUCUUCGAGAAGGCUUCGAACUCGGGGGCCACAAACUCGAGGACUUGUGUUAUGAGAAUGAUGCUUUCUUGAAAUCACAUAUCAUCAAGACGUCUUCGCCGUUUUCCACCACCAUGGCGCCUGUGACGAAAGUACAGCUGAUCAUCUACAACACAAUGAACGGGAAGCAAGUUUUGGUGAAGAAUGGGAUGGUUUUUACGGGAAAGGGGUUCAAGAAAAGUAUACGAACAAACAUCCUCAGCACAGAUUACUUCACGACGUUCUGUGAGUAUUUCUCCAAGGGGUCCAAGGUGAUGCUACUCUACAUAGACGAUUCUCUAUAUGGGCAUAAGCUGCCGGAAAAAGAUGUUCAAACGGCGAGUCCACAACCUGAAUUGAAAAAGGCCUCUCGUCCUCAACGCACAGUGACGUUUGAGAAGCUCCUACGGAACUUCCCCUUGCUAUCUAAAGCCAUGUCUGACCACUUUUACAUGCUAUUUCACCACAAUAAUCGCAAGUUUGAGCGACUAAGGGUGCGUAGCGGGGUGUCUCUCAAGGAAACUAAAGCAUUGUUCAUGGCCAUGGUGGAGGAAGCGUUCUCGAUUGUCCAAAAAACGAUAAGUGCUGAAACGGCAGACGGGGAGCGGAUUUCUCGCCUACUACAUAAUGUCACGAGUCAAAAUUCGACGAUUGACCUCAACCACCUUGUGCACGAGUACGUGGAGUUGAACAUGUACGAUAAAGUGUGGGUACAGAUCGUAUCGCAAUUCGAAAAGGCAGCAAAGGGCGAUACAGGGGGAGAUCUACCGGAUAUGGUACUAUCCCCUGCAGUAUAUAAGGAUUUGUCCUGUCUCUCGCUCAAUCAGCUUGACAUCCCAGUCGAUGAACCAUGGCAUAUGAAUGUGUUGCAUGCUAGAGUGGCAGCGGCGAUCGCCGAAUUCUCCAAGCUCAAUGAUCCGGGCGUAACUAACAGACGUCAAAAGAUAGACUUGCUCAAGAAGACGGUAGAUAUUUUAUCGGAUGGCACUUGUGACAAGGAGAAACAUGACGUCUCUCACCUUGUCGUGGAUGCGGAUACGCUAAUAGGCCUCUUGAUUAUGGUGGUGGUUCAUUCAAAAGUUCCGUACUUGGACGCUCAUAUCUACUACAUACGCAAUUUUGGCGUUGACUCACUACUCACAGGUAAUGCUGACCCAGAAAAGAGCAGCGCUGGUUAUCUCAACUAUGUUCUAAGCAAUAUAGACGCUGUGAUUUUUCACUUGUCAGGGCAAGGUUUGGAUAAUAACCCAUUGAACCAUCUCCAAGAGAUGUCCACUGCCUCUGCUCAAAACUAUAAUCUUUGGUAUGCAAUCCAGAACGAGAAUAUAAAGAAUCUCGAGCGAAUGAUGGACCUGGUACGCGAGCAGUACGGUGAUGGUCCACUCCCGAAGGAUCACUUUCUCAGAAGCAGGAACAUCCAUGGCGAGAGUUGCUUGACGUUUGCACUACGUACAAAGAACUCCAAGGUGUUCAAAACCGUGCUCGAUAAAACUCUUCCAUGGACACUGGUUGAAGAUUUAUUAUUUGACAAGAACACAUCUACCGAUCAAACAUUGAUGAUGAUUGCAUUGGUGGAAGAAAAUAGUGAGAGCGCAAAUUAUCUAUUAGAUGCUCUCUUUGAAAGCUCAAAUGAAGAAGAAAAAAGACUCUACCUCAAUUUAAGAGACAAUAAUGGGAGAACAAUUGGCCAUUACUUGAGCCACGACCUUGACAUCCUCGCCAAAAUUGGUCCACUUAUAGAUUGGCAUGUCAAGGACAACAAUUCGCAUACUCCCCUUUUCAGCAUUUGUCGUCAUUACGACCAUCCAAGAUAUAUCGAGCUUAUAAAACGAGCUUUCGGGUGUGUUUUCACAAAGUAUGAAAAACCAAUGGCACUCGAUCAGCAUACAGACAAGUAUGGUAACACAUUUUUGCAUAUCCUUGCCAAAGGCUUAUCAGAAUCUGGCAUCCUUAAUCCAGAGCUAGCAUUGUUGAAUGUGAAUCAGCCCAACGAGAGGCUUCUUACCCCUCUGGCAGUAUACGUUCGUUAUGGUCGAACAGACAACUUGAGGUAUCUUAUGAACAACAAAUUAUUUGAUUUCAGCAUAGAGGAUCAACAAAACUUUUAUAAUCUAUUAGAUUACUAUAGCUUUUCGGCGGCAAAAGCCAAGAACGGAAGUAACAAAUCGUUCAAGGAGAUCGAAAGGCUAAUAGUUGACAAGUAUUUUGAAACAAACUUUUCUCAUAAUAAUGAUAUUGAGACAGGUGUUCUCAAUGCUCGCUAUGAUGGCUCAGCAAGCGAUUGGAUAAUAAACAUGGUGACCUACACAGACGGAGCUGAACCUUCCAUCACUACGAAAUAUAUCCCCAUAGACAGGGUAAGGCAAUUCACCAAGCUACAAAAGUUGGCAUUUCCGCAAGGCUUCGGUCUUGAUGUGAACUCGCUUUGGAUAAAUCAUCCGUCCGACAAGCCCACAAUCCCAGCAUGUUCCAAAUACCGUUCCAAUAGACUCUUGGAGCUACUCACGAUGUACUUUCUGGCAAUGCAUUUUCACUCCCAAUCAUCAAAGACAAAAUUCAAGAGAAAUCUUGCGUUGUGCUGUGAUGACAACGGCAACUCGACGUUGGAAAUGAUAAAAGACAUCAACAAUGCCCAGGAGGAAGCGAAGGCAAGAAAUGGUGUUGUGAAGUUCUCGCCACAAAAAGUUCAGGAGAUUGAGUACUUCCUAGAAUACUCUGAAAGUGAUUUACGAAGUUUUCACCUUGAAAUUCGUAAACUCAAUCAGUUGCUCACUGUCGCUGGCAUGAAGCAAAGUGACGUUAGAAAUGUGUCUGACAUCUUCUUGAGAAGACUAGAUCAGGGGAAGAGUGUGCUACUUGAUAGACGUGAGUUUAGGCUACUUGACUCGUCAUACAUGAAACUUCAAGCCUACGCUAACUGGCUCGAGCUCUCUGUUGAACAGCUUUUGCAAAAUUGCAAGAAGCUACAAGAGAAGCUUCGUUGGUGGAAACAAAUUUACCAGGGCAUCAAGGAUAUCAACGCUGAGUUGCAUCGCUUCGAAGAGCAGUUUCCCAAGCAACCACAAAACGGAGACGCUAGAGAGGAGAACGAAAGUGGGAUAUUCACAAACACAAUGGCAAGACGAAGCACAACGCUGCUCGACAAAAUUCCCGAAGACACAUCUGAAAACAAUUCAUUUUUCAACUUUGGCAUUAUUGACAGCAAAAAGUCUAGAUAUAAGAAGCUAUUGCUAGCCAAAGCAGAGGAAGUGAAGAAAGUUAUGAAUUUGAAUGCAGACAUCAAGAUCGAUCAUGAAUUGAUAGCGGCAGAGAUCUCCCAAUUCAUGAGUUUCCGUUCAGGUUUCUUCAGCCUUGGUAUUAAACACUUUUGCGAGUACCACUUGCUUCUGUUGCGGACACGUAAUCAGGAACUUGAAAGGCUUCUUUGGAGUAUCAGACGGGCUGAAUAA